AUGAUCUACAAUGAUUUGAAAAUGAUAUAAGAUGAGGAAUCAAAUGAAUAAACUCACUAAUUUUCUGAGUCAGAUAAGUAAAAACUAUUUGCUUCAAAGACUAAAAGAGAAACUAGCAAGGCUACUUCAAAAGCAAUCUUAACAGAGCAAGGAGAAUAUGAAGGGAUGUGGAAAAGAGAUGUUAGAGAGGGAUUUGGAGUGAUGAAAUGGAUUGACGGAUCUAGAUUUGAAGGGGAAUGGAGAAACGAUUAAAGGAAAAAAGGGAAAAUGAUUAUGACAGAAGGAAAUGUAUAUGAAGGAGAAUUUCUUAACGACAAAUAUCACGGAAAAGGUAAAAUUAUAAUGAGAGCGAUGGGAAGAAAUACUGAUGGGCAAGAAAAUAAGAAAUUUUUUUAUGGAAUUUUUGAACAAGGAAAAGUACCAGCCUAAGGAAAGAUUGAGUAUUCUGAAAAUGGAAAUGUAUACUAUGGUGGCCAUUAAGAUUUUGAAAAAUAGGGGUAUGGGUAUUUAUUUUCUAUGGAUGGUACUAAAUAUCAAGGGGAGUUUCUCGAUGAUAGGAAAGAAGGUGUUGGUUUAAUUCUCUACCCAAAUGGGGACUAUUAUCAUGGAUAAUUCAUCAGUGAUAAGAAAGAAGGAGUUGGGCGAUAGUACUUUAAAACUGAAAAUUGUCGAGUUUAUGAAGGUAAUUGGGCAAAAGAUGAAAGAAAUGGAGAGGGAUUCUUAAUUGAUCCUUUAUAAUAAGUAAUAAUUAAAGGUCAUUGGAGGCAAGGGAAAAUAGAUGGAAAGACAGUUGUUAUGAAUAUGAAUGAUUUAGGUUAAAUUCAAUUGCUAAGAGAUCAUGGUAUAGAAAUUUCAACUGAUUUAAAAGAGGCAUUUAAGAUACCUGACUAUGGCUCUUUAAAUAUUAUAUUUUUAAUCAAAGCAUUAAUAUCAAAUAUGCCGAAAAAAGAUUAGUAAGGGUAUUAUGGAUUCGAUUCAUCAGGUCUUGAGAAAGCUGCUCAGGCUGCUAAAUAUCUUGAUCAAAGCCCCAAUGCAAAAUAAGCAUUCGAACUUGCACUAAAGAAAGAAGAGACUAAGCAAUUGGAGCUUUAAGAAAAUACUAAGAAAUUAGAAUUAUAGAAAACUUAAAUACAAGAAGAAGAAAGACGUAAAACUAUUCAAUAUGAGUCAGAGAUGGCAAAGCGUAGAGCAGAAUAUUAAGUUCAAUUAGAAUUGCAAAGAGAUCAGGAAAAAUUAAGAUAAAAGGAAGAGAUGCGUGAAAUGAGAAGAUUGAGGGAUGAAGAUAGCACUUAGAAGCAAGAAUAAUUGAGAAGAUAAACUGUUGAAUACGAGUAUCAAUAGAAAUAAUAAUUAUUUGCUUAUUAGUAAUAACUGAAAGCUGCUGUAGAGAAAUAAAGACUAGAGGAAUAAAACAAACAAAAUUUAAGGUAAUUACAAGAGUAGGAGGCGAUCAAGAAUGAUUUCUUAAUGAGAAAGACUGCACUUUAGAAUUAAGCUGCAAUGGAAUAGCUGGAAGCAAAGCACAGAUAAAAACUAGAUAUUGAUGCAAUGAAGUAAUAGAGAAUGAGAGAUGAGUUAAAUGCUCAGGAAAAUUUAAGUAAAGGAAAUCAGCAAUUUGUCUCUGAAUUAUUUGAUAAAGCUGAAAAGGAAAGAAGAGAAACUCAAAGAUAGAAUAUCAUCACUGCUUUCAAUAUGUUAGGUGGAAGUGCCUCCUCAGUGUUUAUGAAUCCUAAGUUUUUAGGCAGAGCUACUUAUCUAUUAUUAGUAGGAUUUGGAGCUUUCCAUUUCACAAGACUUGCUCUUGCUAUGUUUACCACACUAAUUCUAGCUAGAUUUGGUAAGCCAACACUGGUUCGUGAAACAUCUAAAAUUCACACAAGAAAUUACAUAAUGAUCCCUUAUUUAUAUGCAAGAAAAUUCUUCCACUAAAAAAUGAGAAGAACUGAAAAAGAUCUUUUAGAAGGUGUCAUUUUAGAGAAAAAUCUUGAAGAGCAAUUGAGAGAGAUUUCCUAUGCUGUUUUAAACAGAAAGAAGCAUUUUGCUCCAUCAAAGAAUCUCAUGUUUUAUGGUCCUCCAGGUACAGGUAAAACAAUGUUCGCAAAAAAGCUAGCUAUGAAAUCAGGACUAGAAUAUGCAGUGAUGGUAGGUUCAGAUAUCGCUCCACUAGGUCCUCUCGCUGUAAGAGAAUUAAAUAAACUUUUUGACUGGGCUGAGCAAUAAAAAGGUGGAAUUAUUCUAUUCAUCGAUGAGGCUGAUGCCUUUCUGAGAAACAGAAAAUAAAGCGAAAUGAGUGAGUAUAUGAGACAUACUAUCAACUCAUUCCUCUAUAGAACUGGUUCACCUUCAGACAACGUUUUGAUUGUUCUAGCAACAAAUUCUCCAGAGUAGCUCGAUGAAGCUGUUCAUGAUCGUAUUGAUGAAAUCGUUGGAUUUGGCCUGCCAUCAGUUAAUGAGAGAAGAAUUAUGCUUUUCCAUUAUUUAGUUAGGUAUUGUCAACCUCCUGUCACUUAAACAGAGUUAAUUAAAUUCUAUUAUCAACAUCCCAGAGCAGUUUACACUGGCAAAAAGCUAAUUAGAAUGGAAGGUGUGUCUGCAGAUAUAAUACAAGAAAUCGCUGAAUAGACAGAAGGAUUCAGCGGUAGAGAAAUUCAAAAGAUGGUUGUUGCCUGGCAUGAUGCAGCUUUUACUCUUCCAGAGCCAAUCCUGACUCCAGAUAUCAUGAGAAAGAUUUUGAGCAAGUUCCAUCUGUAACAUAAACUCAAGAAAACUUGGACUAAAGAUGAGGGAAUGCUCUAUGAAAAACUGCUUUUCUUAGAUGAGUCUCAUGUUGGCUCAACUCAAGAAUAAGAAAAAGAUCAAGAAAUGUUAAAGUAAUAACAAGAACUAGCUAAAUAAAUAGACGAGGAGAGAUUAAAGAUUAAAGAAAUUAGAUAGACUCAAUAGCUUUGA